AUGGCUGCUAGACCCACCGUCAACGUGAGGGGCCUCGAUGGCGCGGCCUCGGGCUCGCUCCCUCUCCCCGCAGUUUUCACUGCCCCCAUCCGACCUGACGUCGUUCAGCUCGUUCACACCAACGUUGCCAAGAACAAGCGUCAGCCCUACGCCGUCUCCACCAAGGCUGGUCACCAGACCUCUGCCGAGUCGUGGGGUACCGGUCGUGCCGUCGCCCGUAUCCCCCGUGUCGGCGGUGGUGGUACCCACCGAUCCGGCCAGGCCGCUUUCGGUAACAUGGUCCGUGGUGGUCACAUGUUCGCCCCCACCAAGCUGUGGCGCCGAUGGUUCAUCAAGACCAACCAGAACCAGAAGCGUUACGCUACCGCCUCUGCUCUGGCUGCCACCGCCGUCCCCUCGCUCGUCCUUGCCCGCGGUCACCGCGUCGAGGAGCUCGAGGAGAUCCCCCUUGUUGUCGCUGACGCCGCCGAGAGCCUGACCAAGACCAAGGAGGCCGUUGCCCUGCUCAAGUCGGUCAACGCCUACAACGACGUUGUCAAGGUCUCGAACUCGCGCAAGAUCCGUGCCGGUGUCGGCAAGCUGCGCAACCGUCGCCACACCCAGCGCCGCGGUCCCCUGGUCAUCUACAACAAGGAUGCCGGUAUCGUCAAGGCUUUCCGCAACGUGCCCGGUGUUGAGCUGUGCUCCGUCGAGCGCCUCAACCUGCUCCAGCUCGCUCCUGGUGGACACCUCGGCCGUUUCGUCAUCUUCACCCAGUCCGCCUUUGGCCGUCUCGACGAGGUCUUUGCUGCCAAGUCGGGCUUCACCAUGCCCAAGGCCAAGAUUGCCAACACCGACGUCACCCGCAUCAUCAACUCGGACGAGAUCCAGUCGGUCGUUCGUGCCAAGGGUCCCGCCAAGACCACGCGUCCCUUCACCCAGCGCAAGAACCCGCUCAAGAACCGCGCCGUGCUCUUCCGCCUCAACCCCUACGCCCAGUCGGCCAUCCGCUCCGAGAUCCGCGCCCAGGCUGCCAAGUCGUCCGGCCUCAAGAAGGAGGCUAAGCAGCCCGUGGCCAAGGAGUUCCUCCAGCUUCUCCACGCCAACUAA